CGUCAUAAUAUCGCGCAUACGAUGACCGUACGGAAAGUUAUAAUUUAGUUACACCAAAAUAUGUUCAUUUUUAGUCAUUUACACUGGGUACAAUGCAUGUUAAGUAUUGAACGUCAUGACACGAAGGAGUAUUUGAACAUUUAAUAGACGACACCGCACACAACGUUCCACUUACUGUUUGAAUCAGGUUCCAAGCGAUGAGAAUAAAUGAAGACACUUUACUGGAAGGGAAGAAUGUUGUUUUGGUACCGUACAACGCUGACCAUGUUCCUAGAUAUCACCAAUGGAUGGCUUCCCCGGAACUACAGAAGCUGACCGCAUCUGAGCCUUUGACGCUAGAGCAGGAAUAUGACAUGCAGAGAAGCUGGAGAGAAGACGAUGACAAAUGCACGUUUAUCAUAUUGGACAAGCAACGAUGGGCCGAUCCGAAUGUUCCAGAGGAAGGGUGCAUGGUAGGAGACGUCAACAUCUUCUUGACGGACCCCAGUGACCCUUCUCUGGGAGAGUUGGAGAUCAUGAUUGCAGAGCCCAGCUACAGAGGCAAAGGACUUGGCAAAGAAGUGACACACAUGAUGAUGUGUUAUGGAAUUCAUAAACUUGGAAUCAGGAAAUUUGAAGUGAAGAUUGGUUUAGGAAACAAAAUCAGCAUAGCAAUGUUCAAGAAAUUGCACUUUAAUGAGCUCUUUGUCAGUGAGGUAUUUCAGGAAGUCACUCUGGGACUGACGGUAGAUGAGGCAUUACGAGAUGAUCUGCUGGACAAUAUGGACUUCAUGCAGGAGAGGGAGUAUGGAAAAGUGCGGGACUGUAGGAAUGGGGCAAAACCUUCUAUAAGCACAUAAGCACAUGAGCUCAUGGAAGCAGUGGAAAGGAUUUAAGUUUGCUAAAAAAGCAGUUGAUGGUGUAUAGAAAUGUCAGUAGACCAUUUACUGAACCUUAAAAUGUAUUGUUAAGCACUAUUAAUUUUAUUGUGAGUAAAUUGAGAUUAGUUUAAAAAAAUGAAUCUUGAGAUACAAAUAUAAGACAAGGUAAACCUCUAAUUCACUGUGUUGUGUAUGUAUUAAUGUAUAAUGUUCUUAUUAACACUAUCUGACUUUAAAUAAUUCUGUAUUACACAAGAAUGGAUUUAUUAAUUCAACUUUGAUUGGAAGAUCCCUGAAAUUCACUGAGAAUCUUAUAGAAACUUCUAUUGUGCACUAAUAUGAUUGAGUCAUGUAGAUCACAUGGUCAGUAUGGUGACAUUUAUUCAUGCCAUUAAACUCCCUGAAUGGAAAUACUGUUGUCAGAACAACAAAACAAGUUUCAUUAAAAAAUUACAAAUGUAUACAAA